AUGUACUUUACGUUUUUGAACAAUCUCUGUUUGUUAAAAUGCACGAUAUUGAUCGAAAAUCUGCAAAAUCGAAGGAAUCGAAGGGAAUGCCAAAUCGCCGUUUUCAUGAUAAUCCAAAAGGCAAUGUUAUCGAGGGGAAGGAUUGCAUUAUCAGCUUUGAAGAGGCUCUCUUUUGCAGACAUGGGAGUUCCAAUGUUUGUUAGGGGAAUCGGGAAUUACUCACCCGAGAGAAUCGCGCAGGCACGUAAGGAAAUCAAACGAUUCCAACGACUUGAUCAAUAUGCGAUCACGUUGGAUCAUCUUGAGGAGUUUGGACGAAACUGUGACGAAAAGAAAUUCCUGCUUUCGGCACAGUUCUGCUUUCGAGAGCUUCCUAUCCGCCUGGCAUACCGCAUUUUUGAUUUGGAAAACAUGCCUUACGGAAUGUCCGAAGUGAACACAACGAAGACGAUUCGAGAUUGGUACCUCUAUUCGUUUAUCGAUAUGCUGGAUUUUGGUCGUCCCAAAACCUACAAGGAAGCCGUGGAGUUCACAAAGGUUCUUCGAAACAUCUACGAUCGCCACAGCGGCACCAUGGAGAUGAUGGCUCGCUCCGUCUUCUCUCUCCGCCAGCGUCUCCAAGAAAAAGGCGCCGUCGAGAACGAGCUGGAGCCCUUAAAGCCCUAUCUGGAUUCGUUCUACACGAGCCGCAUCGGCAUUCGAAUUCUAUUAGAACAGCAUUUAUCGCUCGAAGAACAGAUGAAAAACCCGAUCCCUGGCUACACGGGCAUCAUCAAUCGCCACACCAACCCGCACGACGUGACGCAGCUCGCGAUAGAACAAGCGGAAUUUGUGUGCAAUCGGCAGUACGGGCAGACGGUUCCGGUGCAGGUUUAUUCGCAUAAGAACCGAUCGUUCUCGUAUAUUCCGAGCAUUUUACGCCACAUCCUGUUCGAAUUGCUGAAGAACAGCAUGCGUGCUACGGUGGAGGUGCACGAGCACGACGAUGAAUUGCCACCGAUUAAGGUGAUUAUUAGCGAUGGAGACACGAACGCGGACGUGAUCAUGAAGAUUAGCGAUGAAGGAGGCGGCAUUCAGAGGCGGAAUAUCAAUCGGAUUUGGGAUUAUUUCUAUACGACGUCGACGGUGAAUGCGUUUGAGAAGGACGGAACGGACUUUGGAGUGGAUUCGCCGAUGUGCGGGUUGGGAUAUGGACUGCCGCUGUCCAGACUGUACGCUCAGUACUUUGGAGGGUCGCUGGAGAUCGUGUCGAUCGAGGGGUAUGGGACGGAUGCUUAUUUGUACUUGAAACGAGUGGGAGAUCAUCAGGAACCGCUGCAGCAGUUGAUUAAGAAGCCCACGUUGUAG